GGUAGAGCGCGCUGCCAGUGGCGCGUAGCCGGCGCGCACUCGGUCCCAUCACCUGGGCUACCGGGUCGCCGCCGUCACCACCGCGCCACGGCAGACGAUCACGCAGUUUAGUUGAUCGGCCGGUUCCCAUACCGUCAUUCAUGCAGACGUCGCUUACGUGCGCGAGCCGGUUCAAAAAAAAAAAAAAAAAUAUUUCACGUUUAUGUUUUUGUUGUUAAGUCGAUGGAAAUAAUAAGUUUUAAUUUUUUUUCACUUUUAAAUUCCGUACGUGUGUGUUAGUCCGCUGUUAAGUUUUUUCUCAUUAUUAUUGAUUUUUUUUUUUUACUUUCCUCGUGAUUUAAGAACAUAUAAAAAAAAAAAAAAAUGAAAUAAAAAAUGUUCGAGUGAAACACAUAAAGGAAAUUUUCAGUAAUAACAAAAUCGUCACGAUCGCACGCGCGUGUGUGCAACAGUAUAGUUGUUAUAUUUUGUUUAUUAUCAAAUAAUUUUUCCUCGCUCGUUUGUUUGUUUGUUUUAUUAUUAUUAUUAUUAUAUUUUUUAUUUUUAUUUUAUAAGUGUUAAAAGUGUUAUUAUUAUUAUUAUAUUAUUAUAAUUUUUUUUUUUAUCAUUCGUUAAAGAAUCCGCAAGUGCGUUCGUUUUCGAUCGGUGAGAAAAAAAAAUACACAGAGCAGAAUAAUAAGAAUAACACGCGCGCACGCUGUACAAUCGCGCACCGCAGGACUUUGGUGAAUGGAAUUGAGACGAUCGAAUUGCUGUAAUUUGUUGAACAGUGUCAAAGAUUUAAACCCGUUGGAUUAAAUGAUGGCUUCUCCAACGCCGUCUCUAGAUUCGUUAUCCGGAUUCAACACGUUCGGCCCGGACUACAAUAGAUCGUUGUCAUCUAGCCACUCACCAACCGACUCAGAUAGCAGCGGUUCGGGCGUGUCCACAGGUGGCAGUGGAACGAGCAACAACACUGGUCCCCGCAAAUGCCAGUUGUGCCAUGAGAUUUUCUCAAACCCGCGAGUGCUUCCUUGUCUACACACCUUCUGUCACGCCUGCUUAGAGAAUAACCAGGACCAACCGGAGAAAAUCACGUGCCCCAACUGUCACCAGGAGUGCAUCCUCACAAACCGCGGAAUAUCCGGACUGUUGCCAGACUUCACCGUAAACGGUUCGAUCGAGGUGAACCCGGACAAGUUUGCGGGAGUGUGCAAAGGCUGCAAGAAUCUCAACACAAACGUGGUGGCAUACUGUUACGACUGUCAGCAAACGCUGUGCGCAAACUGCAUGAUGGCCCACCAAUUCAUGAACUGUUUUGAAGAUCACCGCUUGCACGGUUUGACGUUCGAAAAUGGUGACGACACGAAGAACGCGUUCAUACCGACCACCGUGGGCGAUCGCGUGGUGUUCUGCUCUCGUCACAAGAACGAGUCGCUCAAGUACUUUUGCCGCACGUGCAACGUGCCCGUGUGCAAAGAGUGCACUCUCAGCGACCAUCAGUUCAGCAUGCACGACGUGGAACACUUGAGCGACAUUGGCGUCAAGUUGCUGGACAUACUCAACGGAACGGUACAGGAGAGCAAAGUCAAGGCGACCGACAUCCGCAACAUGGUGAAGAACAUCGAACAUACAUCCAACAAACUGCAGGUGCAGUACCACAAAGCGCAGAACGAGAUUAACGAGACGUUUGCAUUUUACCGGUCCAUGCUCGAGGAGCGUAAACAGGAGCUUCUGAAGGAGGUGGAGAGCGUGUACAGUGCCAAGCAGCUGACGUUGAACGAGGCAUCGCAAAAGGGCUUGGAGGUCGUGGACAAGAUCUACCAGACUGGUGAGUUCGUCGAUCGUCUGACCAAAAACGCCAAUGUGGUCGAGUGCUUAUUGUUCAAGAAACUUCUUGACUCCAAGCUGCAGUCGCUUAUGAGCUACGAACCCGACAACAGCGUACAGAACAUCUGCGAUCUGGAAUUCGUGUCCAACUAUCAGGCCAUACAGGUGGGCGUGCGGAACACUUUUGGGUACGUGCGGUCCAGCACCGAACUGGGAGUAAUCGGGCCUGGCAAACAGCCUCCGAUCGCCCGUCCGACUAACGGGUCGCUGAUGAACGGAAACUCGACGAUCAUCUCAAACGGUUGCAUGAACGGCGGUGGCCCCGCAGACCUAAUGCAGCAGCACAACGGUGUCAACUGCACCAACGGCGGAGGCGGCAACGGUGGCAUCAUCGAACGUCCGUAUUCCAACGGGCUGACGUCCACUAGCCCUUUGUCGUCCGGCCAGUACGACACCAACAACAUCCUGUCCAAGCGGUUCAACAGCGUCAACAGCUUGGGACCGUUUUCGGCCAGCUCGAUCGGUGACUUGAACCUGAACGCCAUCGGCAACAUGAACGGAAUCAACGGCAUGGGUGGUGGAAACGGUGGUAACGGCGGUAACGGCGUCAACGGUGGUGGCAUGAACAGCAUCAACCCGUACGAGAAGUGGUCCAACGGCGGUAGCGGUGAUAUAUUCCAAAACGGCAGUGCCGACUUCCCGCUCACCAUCGACAACAACGACUCUAUACUGGACCUGUCCAGCAAGCUGUUCACCGCGUCCAUAUUCCCGCCUAAGUCGCAAAUCAAGCGGCACAAGAUGAUCUACCACUGCAAGUUCGGCGAGUUCGGCGCCAUGGAGGGCCAGUUCACCGAGCCCAGCGGCGUGGCGGUGAACGCGCAGAACGACAUCAUCGUGGCGGACACCAACAACCACCGAAUUCAGAUAUUCGACAAGGAGGGCCGGUUCAAGUUCCAGUUCGGCGAGUGCGGCAAACGGGACGGACAGCUGCUGUACCCCAACCGCGUGGCCGUGGUUAAGCCGUCCGGCGACAUAAUCGUCACCGAACGGUCGCCCACACACCAGAUCCAGAUCUACAACCAGUACGGACAGUUCGUACGCAAGUUCGGCGCCAAUAUUCUGCAGCACCCCCGCGGCAUCACCGUCGACAACAAGGGCCGCAUCGUGGUGGUCGAGUGCAAAGUGAUGCGCGUCAUCAUCUUCGACCAGGCCGGCAACGUGCUGGUCAAGUUCGGGUGUUCCAAGCACUUGGAAUUCCCUAACGGCGUGGUGGUCAACGACAAACAGGAGAUAUUCAUUUCUGACAACCGGGCACACUGCGUCAAGGUGUUCAACUACGAGGGCCAGUAUCUGCGGCAGAUCGGCAGCCAGGGCAUCACUAACUAUCCGAUUGGCGUGGGCAUAAACGCCUCGGGCGAGAUACUCAUCGCCGACAACCACAACAAUUUCAAUCUGACCAUAUUCACGCAGGAGGGCCAGCUGGUGUCCGCCCUCGAGUCCAAGGUGAAACAUGCCCAGUGCUUCGACGUCGCCCUCAUGGACGACGGCUCCGUCGUGCUGGCCAGCAAGGACUAUCGGCUGUACAUCUACCGUUACAUUCAAAUACCUCCGAUGUUAAUGUAGAUCUCAUUAUUAAGCAUUCCUAAAAAUUAAAUUGAAUCAAGUCGCCAUGAAAAAAAAAAAGGUCAACGGAAUUUUUUUUUUUGGUUUUGUGAAAAAAAAAAUCUGUUAACAUUUUUUUCUUUUCUUCUCCCCCACCCAAACUUAAAAAAAAGUUGUUCGCUCUCUUUGUGUCCACUGCUCAUCACACAUUAUUUUGUUAUGCAAAAAAAAAAAUGUCGCAGGUUUGUGCGCGUUUAUUAUAUACAUAUAUUCAUAUAUUAUCAUUAUGUCCUGAGCAUUUAAUGCCUGUCAGGAAUACAGUUACAUAAUUAUGUUUUUAUUAAUUGAGUAAAUUAUUAUUGUUUCAUUUUAGCAAAUUCACAGUGUAAACCUGUUACAUUUUGAGUACUUAAACCCACAAAAAAUAUAUAUGUCAGUUAAAAAAGAAAAAAAACAAAAAAAAACCAUCAACAGUACAUGUUUGUUUUAUUAUGAUUUUUUUUUUUUGUGUUUUUUACCUCUAACUUUUAACGUUUUUAAUAUUUUAACUUCGCGGGGUUUUUAUUCUUUGGAUGUUUUUUUUAAAUACAUAUUUUAUUGUAACCAGGUUAGAUUGAAAUUCUGAGACUUGUAAUUUGUAACUUAAGGACUGUUAUUUUGUAUUAUUAUUAUGUGAAUUAAUUAUUAUUAAACAUAACUUUUAAAAAGUAGAUGAAAAAAUGAUUAGGCUAGCGAGUGUCUUUGUCUUCUUUAGUGCGCGAAACUUACUUAUUUUUGUUAUUAUUUUUGUAUUCAUUAAAAUGUACUGAAAUCCCAGGAUAGUUUUCUUACCAAUAUGCCUUUAAACUAAAUUAAUUUUAAUUUUGUUUAAUUGUUUUAAUUUUAAUAUUUUUGUUAUUACAUCAAAGUAUCUGCUCUGAUUUGUUGAAGCGUUCCUUUCCAUGGGACUUUGCUAGUCAAAUUUCGGAUUCCGAGUCUCCUAUUUUUUUUUUCGCCACUUUAUGUACGGAUACUCGCACCAUGUUUUUUUUAACCUGUAUUAUUUGAGAUAAAAUACCUACCUAAAAAUAUAUUAUUUAAGUUGUUUAUCCUUUAUUUUUCGUUCAUUUCUAUAUAUUCGAACUCAAAAAUAUUUUAGUACGUGUACAGGUUUACAAUAUUUUUUGUCCUAAUUAUACAUUUAUUAUACAUAAUUACUUAUACUAGAAUUAUAAUAAUUACUAAAUCAAUUUUUGUGUAAGUGUGUAAUUCUCAUAUUUUGCGUUGUUAUUUUAUAUUAAUAAUCAAGCGUUGAAAACGAAAUCUUAAUUAUAAAACGUACAAACAAAAAGUACUAAAUCAACAAAAAUUUAUAAUUUUUUAAUUGGGAGUAAUAAUUGUUAUAGUGGGAUUGCUCACUAGUUUUUGUUUUUCUUUGUCUAAGUAGUUAUUGGAUAUUAUUAUUGUUGAGUUUAAUUUUAGUUAAUUUUCAUCUUUUUAUAUAUAAAAAAAGUAUAAUGUGCGGUAUUCCAUUAGACUUUUUAUUCUUAAUUGAUUUUUUGUACUUUCGUAUUCUUAUAGUUAAGGAUAAUAGUGUCUUCACAGUAUUUAAUUUUUUUCUUAAUUUUUUUUUUAUGCACCAAGAAAUAAAAUUAAUAUGAUAAUGUAGCUUUAAUGUAGUGUUUGUGUUUGUGUUUUACGCGUUUAUUAUUAUUAUUAUUAUUAUUAUUAUUAUUUUUUAUUAUUAUUAUUAUUAUUAUUAUUAUUUUUGCAUUUUUAAUGAUAUUUUCGAAUUUAUUAUUAUUUAUUAUUGACGAUUAUAAUAUUAAUUAAUAAUGAGGCAUUUAGUUAGCUAAUAAUAGCUUUGUAAACUUGCGCUUGUCUCUCCAUUUAAGUUACGUGUUUAGUUGCUAAAGUUCAUGUUAUCUCAAUUUGAAAACAAGUUAAAAUAGAAAACGUAAUAAGUAAUGUCCUCGUCAUAAGUUAAACAAUAUGAACACUAUCAAAUAUUAUUAUGUUUAUCAAUGAAUAAUAACACAUUAUAUUAUUGUCUCCUAUAAUUAUUUUUAUACGGCAAUGCGCAUUUUUUUGUUUUAUUUAUUUCUUAUUAUUUAUUUUUAUUUUUUUUUUUUUUUUGUUUAAAGAUAAUUAAAACUUGUUAUACAUUUUUUUUAAUAUAAUUUUUAUAAUACAUGAUAAUUAAUUUCGAAAAUAUA